CAACUCCAGAGUUUAAAGACUGUAAUUUUUCUCCAGCUAGUGUUGCCUGCUAGAAGCUGCUGUAAGAUCCACCGAGAGUCACAAUGGGGAUAUUUUCAAGCAAGGAUCUGAGAGAGCCUUCUCCAUGCAGCCUGCUCACAGUAAAGAUCAUAAAGAUAAAAAAUCUGCGGAAGGCAGACAUAUUAAGCCAGUCUGACUGUUAUGUGACUUUAUGGCUGCCAACUGCUUCAGUGAAGAAGGAAAAGACCCAUACUGUGAAGGAUAACAAAGACCCAGUGUGGAAUGAAAGUUUUCACUACAGAAUUCAAAAUCAAGUAAAGAACAUUCUAGAGCUCCAAGUAUGUGAUGAAGAUAGACAUACUGAAGAUGAUCAUCUCCUCACUGUUUUCUUUGAUGUGUCUAAAAUCCGUCUUGGUGAAACAGUCUGCCUGAAUUUUCAGCUGAAUCCAAAGGGUAAGGAGGAACUAGAAGUUGAAUUCACACUGGAAAGCAGCCCUGAUGUUCCAGAAAAGAUUGUUACUAAUGGAGUCUUAGUGUCUCGUGAAGUUGCCUGUUUGGAAGUUCAAGUGAACAAGGGGAGAAUGAAGAAGGAUUCCACACAACGAAGAUUCAAUCUUUCAGUUGGUGGAUCCCAUGAAGGACCCCAGGAGCUCUCAUUGAGGAACUGGCUUUGUCCCGCAUCUCCUAUUCAGUUUCAUUAUGUCAAAUAUUUCCAGUCAGAACUGGACAUUGAACUUCCAAGGUGGCUCUGUUCGGCUUCUGGGGAUCCAGAUGAGAUAACAAGUGUUCCCCUGAACUCACUUCCUCUGCAUGAGAAUGUGACAGCAACAGAGAACAAAACAUUUGAGUUGGAAGUGACAUCAAAAGACUGGACUGAAGGCUGGCUCUGGAAAAAACCAAAACAACUUGAUGUGAGACUAGACUAUGAUCUAUGCUCAGAUGAAAAAAGUUUCCUGAAGAAACGGAAGAAAGUGGUGGCCACUGCGUUGAAAGGUGUUCUUCAGUUAGAUCAUGUUCUUCAAGAGAAUGAGGUGCCUGUCAUUGCUAUGACAACUACAGGGGGUGGGAUGAGAGCAUUGACAGCUAUGUAUGGCAGCCUUUGGGGUCUUCAGAGGUUGAAGCUUUUGGACUGUAUUUCAUAUAUCAGUGGCUCUUCAGGUGCAACAUGGACCAUGACAAAGUUGUAUGAAGAUGCUGAUUGGUCAAAUAAAGACCUUGGGGAGAUAAUCAAGUUUGCUCGGAAGCAAGCAGCCAAAUCUAAAAUGAGUGCCUUUUCCUUGGAGAAUUUAAAGAAUUACCACAUGGAGCUAUGCCAGAGAACAACUGCAGGAUACAAAACAUCCUUUAUAGAUCUUUGGGGACUGAUGAUUGAAGCCAUGCUGAAUAAUGGGAACAACAAUCAUAGACUCUCAGAUCAGCGAAAGGCAGUAAACCGAGGUCAGAACCCUCUACCUAUCUACGUGGCACUCAAUGUUAAAGACAAAGUUACCACAAGAGAUUUUAGAGAGUGGGUAGAAUUCACACCCUAUGAGGUAGGAUUCCCAAAAUAUGGAGCCUUUGUUCAUGCUGAAGAUUUUGGUAGUGAAUUCUACAUGGGAUAUCUGAUGAAGAAACUCCCAGAAUCAAGGAUCUGUUUCAUGCAAGGGAUGUGGAGUAGUAUAUUUUCCAAGAAUCUACUGGAUGCCUGGCAUGCAGCUGACAAUUCAGAGGACUUCUGGAAUAGAUGGACCCAAGACACUAUCACUGAAAUUGAGGAAGUACCUGAUUUACCAGAGAGACCCCAUGAGAUGCCAACUUCCAUGUCCACUCCUGCAGGAGGUCUUUCUAAAGCCCUGCGGGACAUUCUAACAGACCGUCCAGCAGUAUCGAAGUAUGACAAUUUCUUAAAAGGAUUCCAAAUGCACAACGAAUACUCCCAGGAGCGACGAUUUUCUAAAUGGAAAGACACUGUUCUCGAUUCUACCCCUAAUCAGCUACGAGACCCUGAAGAACAUCUGGAACUGGUUGAUACGGCCUUCUUCUUUGACACCAGUUGUCCUCCUCUUCUGAGACCAGAGAGGAAAGUGGAUGUCAUCCUGCACUUCAACUAUACGGGGGGAUCACAAACCAAGCCUCUGGAGCAGGCUUCUGUGUACUUCUCAGAGCAAGGGAUCCCAUUUCCCAAAACCCUGCUAAAUGAUGAAGAAAAGAAAAACUUAAAGGAAUGCUAUGUGUUUGAAGAUGCAGAUAACUCAGAUGCUCCCAUAGUGAUUUAUUUCCCACUAGUGAAUGACACCUUCCAGAGAUAUGUUGCAGCUGGAAUGGAACGAAGUGCAGCUGAAAUGUCACUGGGCAAUAUUGAUCUCUCUAGUGCCUUCUCUCCAUAUUCUACACGACAGGUCUCACUGCAAGAGGAGGACUUUAACAAGCUCCUGAAUCUAACUAAUUACAAUGUGCAGAAUAAUGCAAACACAAUCUUUCAGGUUUUCCAAAAGGCAGUAGAAAGGAAAAAACAGAGUCAAUCUUCUCAGACAUAAUCACCAUGAAUAUGUCUUCUUUGUUCUUGAAGAAGAAAGAAUGAGAUAAGAGAAAAGGGACUAGAAGAAUUCUAAUAACUGACCCAAAAAAUUACUGGUAUGCUGUAAAAAAUCACAGUGAACAGAAUUUUGGCUGCCCAAAGUUACUGCUGAUUAUCUAUAUGCAUUUGACAGAGGGAAGUUUCCUGUAUGCUUAAAAGUUCCAUUAAACUUUGACAAAUAUUCUAUAUUUGUUUUCUCUAAAACAAACAUAAGCAGAUACCACAAAUAUGUAAAUCACAAAUAAAACUGAAAGUAAUCCCCUCAAAAAAUAAAAGUUUUAAAAACAAAAGCGAUUAGUUUAUGCACAGUAACACAGCCUACAAAUAUGACAACAAUUCACAAUGACGCAAACAUAUCCAAAGCUUCAAACAACACCAGGGGUUGUGGGGGAGGCGGUGAGAGGGAUCCUGGAUUGCCUAGUUUCCUAAGACAAGUUGUGUACCAUUACUUGAACGAGCUCCUUGAGUAUAGACGAAAACAAAAUCCAGUGGACCACUCUUUUCAUAAUGUACCUUUUCCAGAUGGGGAAGUGAUGCAUUUGACCUUCCCUAACUUAAAAAUCCCAACAAUUCAGCAGUGAUUAAACAGGCUGCUUCUGAGAAAGUAGAGAAUGCCCCUGUGAUCCACUGAAGUCCAUGCUGAGGAACUCUGGGAGAGACAGAGAAAGGCCCUGGCCCUGCAGCCUUCUUUGCCGCUGAAAUAGUGUUCCUUCAGCAAAAUGGACUUGAAGGAAAAGUAUGAAACCAAUAAAAGUAUGAAGGGGAGUCUGCAGUAGGAGAGGGGUAGGAAACUGCCCUUCCCUCUUCCGCAGAUGAAAAAGCCAAACCAUUAGAGGAGAUGCUGCUGUAUAGACAGAAAAGCACUGCAGAACAGUGCAAUCUGAUUGAAGCUCAUGUCUCCAGUAUAUAUUAGUCAAAUAUUUGUCUGUAUCCAGGUUGCACAUACAGCUGUGUUGCACCUGAUUUUCUAUUCCAGAUUAUGUCCAGGUCUGUUGCUCAAAGAAAUCAGCUAUACUGUGGCCAAGGUAUUGUUCUUAAAAUAAUUAUAAGGCUUUCAUUUUGGUAAUUCUGAGAUUAAAGAAACUGCUUAAAGUUUGGUAAUUUUAAGAUUAAAGAACAAAUAUGAAACAGACCAUGCAGCACAGUUUGGGAUUUAAAAUCAGUUGAGCAAUUAUGUGCUUCUGCUUUAACAUGUCAGUGGUUCACCUCAUUCUGCUUUCUAGUUUGUAGGUUUUGUGUGCAUCUCAUAUUUGAUUAUACUGUUUUAUUGCUUGUAGUGUUUCGUAUUUAUAUUCAAAGCUGCCUAUUAGCUGGCAUUCCAGGAAGAAGUGCUGUAGGCAAACUCAUGAAUAAACAAGCAAAUUCAUCACUU